AUGAUCCUCCAGGACACUAGGGGCACUCUCUGUAUGAUCCUCCAGGACACUCGGGGCGCUGCUGGUGUCGGCCUGGAGAGUAACCAGACACAGGUCGCUCUGGAGUCUAACCGUUCUCAGGCCGUGACGGUGGCGUUGGGCACUGGGCGCCUGCUUCUGCCCGUGCUCAUGUUUGUGGUGGGCGCAGUGGGGAACCUCGUGGCCAUCGUGGCUCUAUCGGUGUCACGGCGCGAGCAGAAGUCUUCGGCGUUCUACACGCUGGUGUGCGGGUUGGCGGUCACCGACCUGCUGGGCACGUGUCUGGCCAGUCCCAUCACCAUAGCAACGUACCUGGACCCAGACGUGCUGCAGGACGAGCGUUUGUGUGCGUUCCACUCUUUCCUGCUGCUCUUCUUCAGCCUGACCGGCCUCAGUGUGAUCUGUGCCAUGGCGGCUGAGCGCUACGUCGCCAUCUGCUGCGCGUUCACCUACCGACGCUGCCGCGUGGGCCGCAGCUUCGCUCAGAGGGUUCUGUGUGGCAUCUACCUGAGCCACGUGCUGCUCUGCAGCCUCCCGGCGCUGGGCCUGGCACGCAGCCAGCUGCAGCGCUCCGCCACCUGGUGCUUCAUCGAGUGGCGCUCAUGGGAUCCUGUGGCGCACGCCUACACGGUGCUGUACGGCAGCACCAGCGUCCUGCUGAUCCUGGGGACGCUGCUGCUGAACCUGGCCGUGUGUGGAGCGCUGCUGCUGAUGCGAAGGCGCUCGGCGACCAACCCUCUGAACAGAAGAGCAAGUGUGCGGCAGCGAUGGCGGGCGCUGUCCUCCGCUGCAGAGACGCAGAUGAUGGCCGUGCUCCUGACCACCUCCGCUGUGGUGCUGAGCUGCUCGGCGCCACUCGUGGUGCGUGUGUUCGUGAACUGCUUCACGCUCGUGGACGACCCGCCCGCAGACCUGGCUGCCAUCCGCAUCGCUUCAGUGAACCCCAUCCUGGACCCGUGGAUCUACAUCCUGCUGCGGAGGUCUCUGUUCCGUCGCUUACGCAGUGCGUCUGUGCGCAGGCUCUCAGCGCGUGGCUCGGCUCCGCACUCAAACCUGUUCUUUCCAAACCUCAUUAAAGACGGUCAUGUGAUCACACAGCUGCUGUGGAGCGCCAACGUCGCCACGCAGCUGCCGACCGCACUUCAGACGCAUGCACGCCGCUCACAGAGACGUGUUACCACGGAGACACACAUGUGCUCUUUCACAAAUAAAGGGGGGAAACUUGAUGAACAAAUACAAGACGUGUCGUGUAAAGAAGAGGAAGCUCAGAAAUCAGACACCGCUGCAGUUAGACAAUAA